AAGAACGAUAGAAAAAUUCGGCAAAAAUAAUCAAUUGACUAUUAUUAGUAGAAUAUGUCUCUAUUUGAAUUAAACAAUUAACAUAUUAGUGAUUUAACAAUAUGAAUAGAUUACUCUAUAUAAAUAAGUGUUACCUUAAUACAUUUAGGAAUAAUAUAAGUCGAAGUUCGCCUGUUAUUUUACUUUCUAAAAAUGUUUUACCAAAUGUUUGUGUUCUUCGUGGAACACACGAACAAAAAAAAAUCGGGUCAACUCUUAAUUAUAUGAUAGCACUCGGUGUGAUGACAGUCGGUUUAAGUUAUGCGGCAGUGCCAUUAUAUAGGAUAUUUUGCCAGGCAUAUAGCUAUGGAGGUACUACUGGACAAGCGGAGGCUGAUGAUUCUGUCAGUAAGAUGAAAGCAGUCAAAGAUAGACCACUAAAGAUUCGCUUCAAUGCUGAUGUUGCAUCUUCAAUGCAGUGGAACUUUAAACCACAACAAACUGAUAUCACUGUGGUGCCGGGUGAGACUGCACUUGCAUUUUACACAGCACGGAACCCCACAGAUAAGUCAGUGAUUGGCAUUAGCACAUACAAUGUGAUCCCGUUUGAAGCGGGACAGUACUUCAAUAAGAUUCAGUGCUUUUGCUUUGAGGAACAAAUGCUAAAUCCUCAUGAACAGGUCGACAUGCCUGUGUUUUUCUACAUAGAUCCAGAGUUUCAAGAAGAUCCCAAAAUGGAAUAUGUUGACGAAAUAGUACUAUCUUAUACUUUCUUCGAGGCUAAGGAGGGACUGAAGUUACCUGUUCCCACUUAUGCUAGAUAAAUGUUGUGAUGUAAAUAAAAGCAAUUGUUAGCACAGAUUAUGUAAUUUAUGUAGUUGUUUUAAAUUAAAAUAUAAGUUUAGUAA